AUGGGAUGGGAGUGCCCACAAAGACAAACAACUGCAGAUUUCUUGACUUCAUUAACCAAUCCUGCCGAAAGAGUAGCAAGACCAGGAUUUGAGAAUGGUCUUCCUUACACAGCCAAAGAAUUUGAAACAUACUGGAAGAAUUCUCCACAAUACAAGAAAUUAGUUGCCGAUAUUGAAGAAUAUUUCCAGAAGACUGAUAAUGGUAGCCAUGGUGAAGAAUAUCAUCAAGCACAUGUUGCAAGACAGUCAAACCAUAUUUCUUCAAAAUCUUCAUUCAUAGUGUCAUUCUUCAUGCAAACUAGAUACAUCAUGGGUAGAAACAUAUUGAGACUUAAGCGUAACCCAUCUGUUGCAAUGCAGUCUAUCACUGGUCAAGCAUUUAUAGGUAUAACUUUAGGUUCUAUGUUCUACAACUUAAGUGCUACCACGGGUACCUUGUAUUACAGAUGUGCUGUUUUAUUUGGUGCUGUUUUAUUUAAUGCUUUUUCUUCUAUUUUAGAAAUCAUUUCCUUGUUUGAAGCAAGACCAAUUGUUGAAAAGCAUAAACAGUAUGCAUUAUAUCGUCCAUCUGCCGAUGCAUUAGCAGGUAUUAUUACUGAGUUACCAACCAAAUUUUUGCUGUCUGUUGCCUUUAAUUUAUUCAUUUACUUUUUGCCUAACCUUAGACGUGAUGCUGGUAGGUUUUUCUUCUUUUGGUUGAUGUGUAUUAUGUGUACUUUGGUCAUGUCACAUUUAUUCAGGUCCUUGGGUGCAGUUUCUACAACAUUUGCAGGGGCAAUGACACCAGCAACUGUACUAUUGCUAGCUAUGGUGAUUUUUGCCGGAUUUGUUCUUCCUACUCCAAGUAUGUUGGGAUGGUCUAGAUGGAUAAACUAUUUGAAUCCAAUAGCAUAUGUUUUUGAAUCAUUAAUGGCAAACGAGUACAGCGGUCGUGAUUUCGAAUGUUCAGAAUUUGUUCCGUCUGGUCCAGGCUAUCCCGAUACCAAUAGUAUUCAUAGAAUUUGUGCUACAACAGGUAGUAAGGCAGGCUUAAGUGUUUUACAUGGAGAUGACUAUUUGGCUGUUUCGUAUGAGUACUAUAAUUCUCAUAAAUGGAGAAAUUUCGGUAUCAUUGUUGGAUUCAUUGUAUUUUUCUUAUUUCUAUAUAUCAUUUUAACAGAAUUCAACAAAGGCUCAAUGCAAAAAGGUGAAGUUGUAUUGUUUUUAAAGAGUUCAUUAAAAGACCAAAAGAGGAAAUCUAAUAAGGUUGCAUCUAAAUCAAAUGAUCUUGAAAACUCCACUGUUCCAAAUGAGAAGAUUUCACAAAAGGAUCAAUUGGAUGCAAACAAAGAGGAAA